UUUAUUUUUUUAAACUAAUAAAAUUAGACGCCUAUAUAUAAAAUCCUCCUCCACCGAGUAGAAGCUCUCGCCCUAACACAUCUCCGCCUCUCUUAAGAAGAAAGAAGAAGAAGCUCUGCCAAUGGCUCUUCCGAAUCAACAAACGGUGGAUUACCCUAGCUUUAAGCUCGUUAUUGUUGGCGAUGGUGGAACAGGGAAAACUACAUUUGUUAAGCGGCAUCUCACUGGAGAGUUUGAAAAGAAAUACGAACCUACGAUCGGUGUUGAAGUUCAUCCUUUGGAUUUUUUCACAAACUGUGGGAAGAUCAGGUUCUACUGCUGGGAUACUGCUGGUCAGGAGAAGUUUGGUGGACUAAGAGAUGGUUACUAUAUUCAUGGACAGUGUGCCAUCAUAAUGUUUGAUGUCACAGCUCGUUUGACAUACAAAAAUGUACCAACGUGGCAUCGGGAUCUCUGCAGGGUGUGUGAGAACAUUCCCAUCGUUUUGUGUGGCAACAAGGUGGAUGUAAAAAAUAGGCAGGUGAAAGCAAAGCAGGUUACCUUUCACAGGAAGAAAAAUCUCCAGUAUUAUGAGAUUUCUGCCAAGAGCAAUUACAACUUUGAGAAACCAUUUUUGUAUCUUGCCAGAAAGCUUGCAGGAAAUGUUGACCUGCAUUUUGUUGAAUCUCCUGCUCUUGCUCCUCCAGAAGUGCAAAUAGACAUGGCUACGCAAGCUCAGCAUGAAGCUGAAUUGGCAGAGGCAGCCGCACAACCACUUCCAGAUGAAGAUGAUGAUGUAUUUGAUUAAUGUGGUGGUCGUGGGACUUUCAUCUGGCUGUUUGAGCUGAUUUUGGAUGUCACUAAAUUUGUAUCUUUCUCUGGUUUCUUUCCUACAAAUUGGGGAUGGUGUUAUUGUUUUUUUUUUUUUUUUUUUUUUUUUUUUUUUUUUUUUUUGUUGGAAGGAUGGUCGGGUAUGCUUAUCUACCUAGUUCGUUGGUUAUAGGGCUUUUAAGUAUUUCCUCCACCGUUGAAUGAAAAUUUUGGUUUUGGAGUGUACUUUUCCUGAUGAAUGUUUGGAGUGAAAUUGUGGAGAAGAGAUUAUUCAUGUGUAGUUGGUAUAUGUAUGGAUCCAAUUUUCUAUAUUAUGCAAUUUCGUUUAAUGAAAAAUCUUAUUCCCUGA